AUGGGUUUUAAGAGAAAGCCCCAGACAAGCCUAUUCGACCUGAUUGAGGGCCAGCCGGGGAAGGAUGCGCUAGGGAAGUCACAAUCCAACCCUCCUCCUCCUUCACCACAGCCUCAACCUGUUCAGACCAGGUCUUCUCCCUCUCGAUCGCAGCCACCCUCUCCCCGACCCAAACUUCCAGCUCCUCCCCAAUCGACUUUGCCUCCUCGGCCUGAGCCCACCGACUCAAAGAGGAAGAGGAUUUCGAAGGGCAAAGAGCCAAUGGAUGGGGGGAAGUCUCGCUCCUUUCAAGAGGAGGGUGAAGCCCCACGGGCUCGAAAGCAAUUAAAGAUUGGGCAUCAAGGCCAUGGAAAAGAGGUCGAUGCCCAACCUGCGCCCCAGGCUUAG